UCUCCCCGACCCCUCUCUCCGCCGCUUCUCCUCUCCUCUCCUCCGCCUCGCCGCCGCGUGCGCGCGCGCGCGCGUUCGCUCCCCGGCCGCCAUGGACGCCGCUGGGUAUUCGCAUAUGCAAGGAGGAGGGGCGUCCUCGUCGCCGGCCUCGGCGUCCUGCCGGGCCGCCGACGCCGCCGCGUGGGACGCGGUGCAGCAGCAGAAACGGCAGCGGUGCCAGGGUUCUUCAUCCAAUGAUCCAGUUGGAUCCAGUACUGAAAAUAAUUCCUUCCAAGCAUCUGAACCUGAGUUACAGAACUUUGACUGCGGGAAAGAUGAUGAAGAAGAUUACUAUUUGUAUGAUGAGGAGGAAGUCUCCUAUGAUGAUGACGGAGACUAUGAAUUUGACGAAGCUUACUUCAAUCAGCAGCUAGCUGAUAAGUUCGAUGGUUUGGAUUUGCCUCCAGGAGUGGAGGCUUCUGUUCCAUGGCUGCAAAAAAGGCCUGCUGAUGGGCCUGGCAAUUUUAAGUCAAUGGCAGAAAUAGAUGCUGAAAUUACUAAGAAAUAUGAGUUCUUUAAGCAGUUUGAUGUUGUUGAGAAUUUUUCUGAUCAUUACUAUGCUAAGAAAACUGUUGGAAAGGCAGGGAAAGAUUGGACAAAAAGGAUUCAGCAUGACUGGAAACUCUUGGAGAAAGAUUUACCAGCAUCCAUAUAUGUUCGUGUGUCUGAGAAUCGAAUGGACCUUCUGAGGGCUGUAAUAAUUGGACCACAAGGAACACCUUACCAUGAUGGCCUUUUCUUCUUUGAUGCUCAAUUUACUAGUACUUAUCCUGCUACUCCUCCAGUGGUAUAUUAUCAUUCUGGAGGGCUUCGGCUCAAUCCAAAUUUAUAUGCUUGUGGAAAAGUCUGUCUUAGCCUGCUAGGCACUUGGACUGGUAGUGGUUGUGAGAAGUGGAACCCUGCUCAAUCAACUAUGCUACAGGUGUUAAUCUCUAUUCAAGCUCUCGUACUGAAUGAGAACCCAUACUUCAAUGAGCCAGGAUAUGAGACCUUUGCCAACAGUAUUUCUGGACAGAAGAGUGCCAUGGAUUAUAAUGACAACACGUUUCAGUACUCAUGCAGGACGAUGUUAUACUCACUCCGUAGAUCUCCAGAGCACUUUGAAGACCUUGUUGCUGGUCACUUCCGUGAACGUGGUCAUGCCAUUCUGGCUGCAUGCAAAUACUACAUGGAAGGUCAUAAGGUUGGGUCCAUAGUCCCGAACGAGGAUGAGGAUGGCAAGCAGCAGGACAACACUGACGCAGCAGGAUCCAGCAGCAGCAGUGGUGGAGCGAAGUCGCAGCCUAAAAGCAUCGAUCUGUGCACUGGUCGCGCCGAAUCCUUCAAGACCAACAUGACCGUUCUGUUUGAGGAGCUCUUGAUGGAAUUCAAUGUGAAGGGUGCUGACACCAAGAAGUUCUGUGUUGAGAAGUUGAAGAAGAACCAGCAGGCUGCCGCACCCUGAAGAGACCCAGCUGCAGCUACAAAAACAGACAUCUUCUCUCUAGUUCUUGAGGUUUCAUAAUGAAGCGAAAACCAUAGAAGGGGGUUUUGCUCUCCUGACUAUAGAAAAGCUGUGUAGAUAGCUCUUUUUAGUGUACAGGUUGGCUGUGUGGACCUUUUAUUUUAAAGGAUGCUGUUAGGUGCUGACUGAAGUAUCAACCCACCCCUCGUUGUGGUGUGAUCUUAAAAAAAACUGACACCUGCACAACUAGCAUGGUGUUACUUGAGUUUCUCCAUCAUAUGGUUGGAUUUGACAUUUUCCUGUGGGUUAAUUUUCUUUUUGCUGCUAA